CGCUCCUGACCUACGCUGGCCAGCCUGGCUCUUCUUGUCAACCCGCUAGCCAGCCCCGCGCCCCAGGCAGCCAGCCGUGCUGCGAUCUGAUUUCAGGACGCAGGGUCUGGUCGGUCCGGAUCCCUCGGGCCUCGAGGCUGCCAGUGUGACCUUGAGCAAGUCUUGCCCGCUGGGCCUCAAGUUCCCUUGUGUGAACUAGGGUCCUGGUCAUGAACGUCCCUGGAGGAAGGAGGCAGGAAGGUAGAAGGACUCAUAAACCCCGGGAACAGGACCGAAAUGUGCAGCUCUCUAAGGCUCUGUCCUAUGCCCUUCGCCACGGGGCCUUGAAGCUAGGACUUCCCAUGCGAGCUGAUGGCUUUGUGCCCCUGCAAGCCCUCCUGCAGCUGCCCCAGUUCCACAGCUUCUCAAUUGAGGAUGUGCAGCUCGUGGUGGAUACCAAUGAAAAGCAGCGCUUUACCAUGCAGCCGGGCGAGCCAAGCACCGGGCCCCUCAUCAGGGCCAAUCAGGGCCACUCCCUGCAAGUCCCUGAAUUGGAACUGAUACCACUGGAGACACCACAAGCCCUGCCUUUGACACUAGUCCAUGGUACAUUCUGGAAGCACUGGCCAUCUAUUCUACUGAAGGGCUUGUCACGCCAAGGAAGAACACACAUCCACUUGGCCUCAGGACUGCCUGGGGACCCUGGUGUCAUCAGUGGCAUUCGUCCAAAUUGUGAGGUGGCGGUGUUCAUCGAUGGACCCCUAGCCCUCUCAGAUGGAAUCCCUUUCUUCUGCUCUGCCAAUGGGGUGAUCCUGACUCCAGGGAAUGCUGAAGGCUUCCUGCUUCCCAAGUACUUCAAGGAGGCCCUGCAGCUGCGACCUACCAGUGAGAACCAACCCACCACCCGCCCUGUCCUGAACCAGGGCCCUUCUGCCCUCCAGCUCUGUGAAGGCUCCCACCUUAGGAAACAUUCCUUUCUCUUUGCAACUUUUAUCUCUUCCUCAGGAAAGCCUCUCUCCUUGGCUGGUCAUAAAGAGACAGAGUCUCAGAGUAGCCCCAAGCACAGCUCCAGAGGAGGAAGAAGGAAGAGCCAACAAUAA